AAGAAACCGAACGUCAGGAAGUCAGACGGUCGGAGUACGAACAGGUUGAAAAGCCCCCGCAGGCUUGUAGCUUUAUUCAAAUACGGCUUGGUUGCAGGUUGUAACCGGAUCUUAUUCACAAGCUGGAAGGUCUCAGUGCAGCGUGGGUGCCCAGGGAUCCACUGCCUGAGUGUGGCGAGAGCAGCGGCCGAGACCCCAGAGACAUGAACCACACCAAGGGCGGCUUGGUGAUCUUCACCGCCAACUCGCACCCCUCGAAUCGCGAGCUCGGCAAGAGGAUCGCUGAGCGAUUAGGGGUGGAGCUGGGAAAGGUGCAGGUGUACCAGGAAGCAAACAGAGAAACGCGGGUACAGAUCCAAGAGUCUGUGCGAGGCAAGGAUGUCUUCGUCAUCCAGACAGUGUCAAAGGAUGUCAACACCACCAUCAUGGAGAUGCUGAUCAUGGUGUACGCUUGCAGGACAUCAUGUGCGCGCAGCAUCACUGGGGUCCUCCCCUACUUCCCCUACAGCAAGCAGUGCAAGAUGAGGAAGAGAGGCUCCAUCGUCUCCAAGCUCAUCGCCUCCAUGGUGUGUAAAGCUGGCCUCACCCACCUGAUCACCAUGGACCUCCAUCAGAAGGAGAUUCAGGGCUUCUUCAACAUUCCAGUGGAUAACCUGAGGGCGUCUCCGUUUCUGCUUCAGUACAUUCAGGAGGAGAUCCCCGACUACAGAAAUGCUGUAAUUGUUGCGAAAUCUCCAGCUUCUGCAAAAAGGGCUCAAUCGUUUGCUGAACGGCUUCGUCUCGGCAUAGCUGUAAUCCACGGAGAAGCUCAGGAUGCCGAGUCAGACCAGGUAGACGGACGACAUUCCCCGCCCACAGUCAAGACCACUGGAGCCAUUCACCCGAGCAUGGAGAUCCCAUUGCUGAUCCCGAAAGAAAAACCUCCAAUCACUGUGGUAGGAGAUGUAGGGGGACGCAUCGCCAUCAUAGUGGAUGACAUCAUUGACGAUGUCGAUAGCUUUGUGGCAGCAGCAGAUACGUUGAAGGAAAGGGGGGCCUACAAGAUUUAUGUCAUGGCUACGCACGGCCUGCUCUCCUCAGAUGCCCCGAGGUUUAUAGAGGAGUCUUCUAUCGAUGAGGUGGUGGUGACUAACACGAUUCCCCACGAGCUGCAGAAGCUCCAGUGCCCAAAGAUCAAAACGGUAGACAUCAGCAUGAUUCUAUCAGAGGCGAUCCGCCGGAUCCACAACGGAGAGUCCAUGUCCUAUCUGUUCCGCAACAUCGGUGUGGAUGACUGAGCAGUCUGUCACUCUUAUAUCCCUGUGGGAACGAUCCUUUAAUAUGUUACGUUUCAUUUUCCUCUUACACUAACAGAGGUUUCUCCACUGGUUGGUUUGAAGUCCUGUUAAAGUUCAUACUGGGAUAAAAAACAAAACCCAUCGUUGUCUUGAUAAAUAUGAGGGGUCAUUAACACAUGAUACAUCUCAUAACUCAGGGGUCGGCAACCUUUAUUAUCAAAAGAGCCAUUUAGCCCCCUCUGCCACCAAAGAGCCGCAAAAGAUAACGCAGCUCAUAAACUUUUAAAAGGUUUGAAUCGUUUUUUUUUUUUUUUUUGCUUUCCAAGGUUUUCACGUUCCAGGCAAACAGCGAAGCGUUUCAGCAUGUCUUCAAUGGCAGCCACCAAGCUCAGCAGGAGAUCUAAAUAUGAGCUCUCGACUUUAUCUAACAAUGAACAAAACCGUCUGCGGUUUAACCUGCAAAUAUUUUUCUAAUAACGAGGGUCAUCACUUCCAUGCAUUCAGGGGGGGAUGUUUGAGCACACAGUGCUGCUUGGUGCAAGAUACAGUGAAAGGUCAUCAUCUCUCGAUCCAGCGACUUUCCAGGUAUUCACAAAGCCCUUCUUUGUUUCACCAUCAGUAGACUCUUACACCAGGGGACUGAUGUUUAUUCCUUUGGCUUUUAGACAACCAAAAACAGCCUCACAAUGUCCUGUCCUCGGGUUUGGCCCUUUAACAUUAUGAGUUCAAUCAGUUCUUCCUGCGGCCCAUCGGAGUUCACCUCUGCAUAGCAGUGUUGUCUGCUCUAUGGGUUGCAUCACUUGACUCAUCACAGGCAGCUGAACAUGCUUGAGCUGAUGUUGUCAUUUUGCUUACAGCCAAUGUUUGUUGCCAUUUUAAUGGUCGUGUCCUUGAAGCUCUCUGCAGAGGGAGGCAUCGCUUAAAUUUUUGUAAUGAUUUUCUGUUUGUUUUUGAAUUCGGAGAAUAGAUGCUCUGAUAUUUUCACGUAUUGUCUGUGAUCGACUUCCACCUCCUUACGAUCUCAUGAGCUGCCUCAAAGCUAGCAAUAGUCUAGAGAUGUCCACUUCUUGAAAGUAUGUUUGCUCCUCAUCUUUCCACAGUAGUCCUGAAAUCGCUCUCUUUCCUCCAGCUUCAUUUAGCUACUUUUUAGCAAAUGCUUGUUUUGAAAAUGUCUUUCAAUGUUACAUUGAUAACUGUUGAUAACUGUGCUAAUUUCUCGCCAGAUAUCAAACACACAGGUAAGCUUGUCUUCAUGGUUAGCUUACUGCGGGGGUAAGCUAACCAUGUGGAGCUGACGCAUCUUUUAAUUGGGAAACUUUUUUUAAAUUCAGUGUUUGAGUAUCACCUCAAACUCUAAGAAUACCGUGCACCAAAUAAAAUAAUAUAUAGAUAAAAAUGUAAUUAAUACAUUUUGUCAGAGCCAAAGGAGCCAAUACAAGGAGGCUGAAGAGCCGCAGGUUGCCGAACCCUAUCCUAGCUCAUAGUUCUGCACAGCCUAAUUCUAACAUUAACAUUAUAAGUCUUUCUUUCAGAUGUUUUUUUAAGUCUAACAUGUUCAGUAUCAGCUCUUCUCAUGCCCAACAAUUAUAGUAAAACCACCCUAGUUACAUACACAAAUGCAUAUCGCCUUCUCGGACUUUUGAUACAUAUCUGGUGUUCCUUGAAAAACUAUUUACACCCCUUGAAUUCUUCACAUUUUGUCAUGUUACAGCCACAAACAUCAGUGUAUUUUAUUGGGAUUCUAUUCGAUAAACCAACAAGAUAACCCAUAAUUGUCAAGUGUAAAGAAAAAAAUUCUACACAUUUUUCAACUUUGUGAAUAAAGCUGAAAAGUGUGGCCUACAUUUGUAUUCAGCCGCCCUUUGAGUCGAUAUUUUCUUUCCUUGUGCAAGAUGCUUUCACUGCUAUGUUUCACUCUGGAUGGUUUGUUCAGGGUAAUGUGCAGAGUUAGUUUUCCACCUCAUGUAGCUUUCUGCAUGUAGGCAAAGUUCAAUAUUUGUCAGCUGACCAGAGCUCCUUCUUUCAUACUUGGUUUGGGGCAAACAGGACUACUUAGGGCAGUUUUUUAAACAGUGUCUUUCUUCUUGACAACUUUCCAAAUUAUACACACGUAGUCUCUGUUGCCCCUCUCCACCUUUCAAUCCAUGAUCUUCAUGUAUUUUUUGUUUCCUAUCAGAAAGACCUGGACUUGGAAUGAGGGGUUGAAUAUUAAUUACAUCUCCGAUCUACAUCAGAAGAUGGUCACAAACCCAUACCAAGUAUGGGGCGUAAGGGUAAGAAGGGAUUGUGGAACGAGUGCAUAUGUGAUAUGAAGCAAAUUAACGAUGGCAGCAGCAAACAAGUCCUUGGGUGCAGAGAGAGCGGAUGUAUGCUACAAUGUGUGGGCCAUGCCCCUUUUGUUCCGCAAUCAAAGCAACAAUCUCUGAAAGCACACGCAGGCUGAAUACAAAUAGAAAAUACAUUUUUCAUAUUUAUUCUGUUAGAACUUUGCUAACAUUGAAGCUUGUGGUUGUAAUUUGAAAGAAUAUGAAAAGGAAAGUGGUGUGAGUGCUUUAUGCAAACUUACUUGAUCAAACACAGAUCAGUUGUAGCUGGAUAUUAUGGACUACUAUCUGGCUCUCCCACUUUACAUACAAUGCACACUGCAUUUUUUUUCUUUUCUUUGUAUCUAAUUUUUCCCCACUCUGAAAACUAAGGUGAAAGUUGUGUUUGUAAAUACUUGCAACGAAUGUCUGCUUCUGAUUUGACCAAUUAGAGAAGAGAGCCCGUGCCUUCUGCAGGGUUUAGGUCAAACAAGCCUUCAUGGCUUUGCUGCAUAUGUUGAUGUCCUGGUUGCUUUUUGAAACCCGUUGAAUAUGCUGGUUCAAACUAAUUAAUCGAUGCCGAGUAUCUUUGAAUUCAGAUGUCUUUUUUUAAAACCAUUUUUUAAAGUCGAUUGUUUAGUUUCUAGCUGGUCAUAUACCUGUAGUUGCCAUAGUGUUUGAUUCUUACAUUGUGUCAAUUAUUAUGAUUUUUGUUAUUAAACUGGAAUUAACUGAAAAUUUCUCCAGCACUGACUGGAAACCAGAUUUAAUGGCCGAGCACCUGUGCAACGUUUGUCAAUAGUAAUCCACAUAACUCGUUGUGCCAUCAGUCCAGCGCUUCCACGUGUUUUAUGUUGUCUUCUGCCAUUAGUCUGCAACAGUUGGAGGCUCGAAAUCUCAGAAACCUGUCUUUUAAAUAUUUAUUUAUUUUUUUGGUUUUAAAUUUGAAGGUUAGGAGAAAAACAAUGUUACAUACGGUCAGUCUCUGUCAGUCUCUGGCCAGAAUGUUUUUAACGAUGUUCAAAUGGGUAAAUACUUGAUCCGUGGAUCUGUGUGGAAGAGCUCCGUUUAGUUUGCUUUAAUAUGAGAUCCAGAGAUGUUCCAAGCUGUAGCUGGAGCAGAUAAACAGGCUUUUUCUGACACAUAAAACUUGACUAAAGCAGGUAUUUGUUACCUUGUCAGAUGUUUCAAAAAAAUUGUUUUUGUAUUUAUUUUCUGCACCAAAAUUAAUAAAUGUGUAUAAAAAGAAA